AUGUCCAGGACAAAACGCCCACGCGAUGGUGAGACCGUCGGGGUACCUGCAGCUCCCAAAGUCAGCCCCCUCAAGAAGAAAGCAAGGAUGACGGGAAGCCCGGUCCGACCGGGUGCGGCACCAGAAGAAAAGGCCAUCGAGCCUGCAUUGUCCACGCCUAAGAGGCACAUCCGGGAUGCACAAUACGACGACACUAUACUGCCUGUGGCAGUCAAACGCGACAACUGGCCGGGCCUGGCUGGUUUCAAGACGUGGGUGCAUCUCGGCGACAUCUUUAGUAUCGGUGCGGAUAAUCAAGAGAAAGUCUGGCACGACUACCUGAGGGACAAGUUCCACGCCGAGGGAAGGGCGGCUGCCGAGGUCAAGAACCAUGCGACCAAGAUUGCAUCCGUGUUGAGCGACCUCCCGGUUCAAGCCGACGAUUAUUGCGGAGAGCAACCUCCGACGAGAGAAGACACUCUUGACCCCGAGACGACCUUAUACGUCAUCUGGCUGGGCUUCUUCGAUAGUUGUUACGAAGAGAUUGAGGUGGAACCCGUACCCGUCGAGAACCACUCUGAAAACCUCUCCGACGACGGAACUGAAGAAGACAAAACUGACGAAGGGUCAAAAGGUCAACCAGAUGACGAAUGUGGCGGUCGAAUCGAAGACGAAUGUGGCGGUCGAACCGAAGGCGAAUGUGGGGGCACCGAAGGCGAAUGUAAAGACCAAGCCAACGACGAGCCUGGAGAUUCAACGCUCGAUGAACUUGAUAAUCAAACUGAUGAGGACUCCGAGCACUCAACCGACGACAGACCCGAAAACCCGGCAGACCUCGAUCACGAGCCCGAGGACGCGACUGGUGAUGAAUUUGAAGCUGCGUAUCGAGUAACCCAUAACGCACUUAUACCGCGCCGCGUGCGUGAGCGUGCGGCACAGCGCGACCCCGCACAAAACCCUGAUUUGCAAGAUGUGGUUUCAAUCCUGUUCGACAGCGUUCAAUGUAUGAGUAACAAGGCGCGCGCACGCAACUUCCUCAUCAUCGACGUACCCCCUGCGGACCGCGCGCCGAGGAUGAUGACGCAAGGAUGCUCAGACGACGCCAGGUGGUUUAUCCAGGUCUGGAACGAACACCUACGUGCCGCCGCACGAGAGUUCGCCAAGGACUACCCUGACGUGUCUCUGUUCGUUGUCUCGUCCCACAAGGUGUUCUCAGAUCUGUUGGACGACCCAGAGGAGUGGGGCUUCGAGGACGAGGACGCAAUGGAGACAAACGGAAAGAUUUGGACGACUGAUCGCCAUGUGCCGGUGUCUGUCUCCGACAAGGUGCAUCAGAUGCUGGCAGACAAGAUUGCGCUGGCAGUGUCGCUUGUCGAGGAAGACUGA